UCUUAAAUCAAUUCGCAUCCCUGGAUUGACUGAGGGGUGAUUUGGAUGGAGAUGAAGGCGGUGGUGUCCUGUACCGGGCUUAUGCUUCUAUUUGCGUGGCUUUCUCCAAGCCAAGCCCUUUAUUUCCAUAUCGGAGAGACGGAGAAGAAAUGUUUUAUUGAAGAAAUACCCGACGAAACCAUGGUGAUAGGGAGAUACAGAACACAGCUGUGGGACAAACAGGCUGGCUCUUUCCUCCCAUCCACCCCUGGUUUAGGCAUGCAUGUGGAAAUCAAAGAUCCUGAUGCCAAGAUCAUCCUGUCCCGUCAGUACGGCUCGGAUGGCCGUUUCACCUUCACGUCCCACACACCAGGAGAGCAUCAAAUCUGCCUCCACUCCAACUCCACCAAGAUGGCGCUGUUUGCUGGGGGAAAACUGAGAGUCCACUUGGAAAUUCAGGUUGGUGAACACACCAACAACUACCCAGAGAUCGCAGCUAAAGACAAACUGACCGAGCUGCAGCUGAGGGUCCGACAGCUCCUGGACCAGGUGGAACAGAUCCAGAAAGAGCAGAACUACCAGCGGUACCGUGAGGAGCGUUUUCGUAUGACGAGCGAGAGCACGAACCAGCGCGUUCUGUGGUGGUCUAUCGCUCAGACCAUCAUCCUCAUCAUCACAGGAAUCUGGCAAAUGAGACAUCUCAAGAGCUUCUUUGAGGCCAAAAAGCUGGUGUGAAGACCAGACGGCAUCACAGAAACAAUAACUCUAACUCUAAAACUAAGUUCAAUUCAACUUUAUCUUAAGCAGAUAAAUUCAGACACAAUAAGCUUAAACAGGCAGAAUAUUAACGAUUCUUAACGGAAUACUCAUUUUUUUUGCCAUUAAUCAUUUACCACCAUGUUGUUCCAAACCCAUAAAAGCUUCGUUCGUCUUCGGAAUACAAUUUAAGAUAUUUUGGAUGAAAACCGGGAGGCUUGUGACUGUCCCAUAGACUGCCAAGUAAAUAACACUGUCAAGGACCAGAAAAGCAUCAUCAGAAUAGUCCAUCUGCCAUCAGUGGUUCAACCGUAACGUUAUGAAGUGACGAGAAUAGUUUUUGUAAGUGAAUAAAUAAAAAAUAACGUUGUCAGCAGUCUCCUCUUUGUCUCUACAUAUCACCAGAUGCUCUGUUUUCUUUUAAAUCAAAGCAUAAAUACAUGUAGAAAGAGCACAUCCUUGUGGCAUGGCUGAAACAGAAGAGCAUACGCAGCAUACAGUGAGAGACACAGAGGAACAUUGUUCAUUUUACUAAAUUGUAUGAUAGGAAAAUGUUAUGCCUUUAAAAUGAAGAACUUUAGGGGUGCAUGGAAACUACUGUUGACUUCAAGGUUGCAUUACUGAUAAAUGUGAAAAUCAAGCCAGCUAAUCAUUUUAGCAUUUUUAAUAUGUAUAUAUUGAGGUAUUUUAAAGAUUUUGACCAGUCUGUGGCUUUGUUUUCAUAUUCUGUCUGUCUCGGGCUCUCAAAUAGGUUUGAUGUUCACGAUUUUGAGAGGAAUUUAUUCAAGCUAAUUGACUAUAGCUUGCAUUUUAGCUGAUAAGACCAACACAAAUUUUCUUAGUGGUUUACAAAAUAUGAUUUUUGUUGUUGUGUUUCAUGCUUUAUUUAUUAACUGCAUUGACCACAUUUAAACAUACAGGAAUGUCUGUUUCAAGAAUAUAUGUUGUUUAUAGGAUCUUUGGAAAAUUUUGUACUGGCUUGUUACAAGUAUACCAAUUUCUAAAAAUGCUGGUUUGCAUGAUGCACAAAUCCUCCAUAUAAUGUGACGAUUUGAAGGUUAUUUCUAGGCCAACACAGCUGUAUUCUCAAGUGUCAUUCCAGCUUUGUAAUAAACUGUUCAUCAGUGUGCAUACAGAUACUUAACUGUACACUUGUUGGUACUCAGUCUUUAUAUUGUUUGUUCUUAGUUUCUGUCUGUUUCAGGUGUUGUUUAUUUGAAUUAAAUGUGUUUUAAAUUAA